CCUUUUUCUCGGUGUCUGUCAGUGACGCUCUCGUCGCUGCCUGCCUUUCACAGCCUUCCCCCUUCCGCCAUUUUAUACGCCCCCGUCCCGUCUUGUCCUCUCUCGUCUUGGCACCUCUUUUCUCACUGCUCUCUGCUGCAGUGCUCAGUGCCAGUGCCAGCCGCGGUGCUUCUUCUUGUCCUCUUCCCGACGGCCGCUGUCCCUGCUGCUGCUGGAGAGCGAGAGCCAAACCUCCGGCCGGGGUCACCGAGUAGGGAGGGAGCCCACUGCUGCUGCCUGGUAUCUGGAUUCCGAGGCGGUAAACCAAAAAUCACCCCCAAUUCAUGUGACUUGGGAGUUGUACGCCGCUCCUAUUUAAUUUUUUUUUCAGUCACAAAUCAUGAUUUUUCUUCUUGCCCCAUUUUCGCAUCCUUGGUUCAUGGGUUUCUUUCUUCUAGUCCCUAGUAGUUUCUUGAGGCAGCAGUUGAGCCGGUCUCGUCUCCUCGGUUAUUGGUCUCACUCUGACUGACCCGCGCGCUUCCCUCCCUCGCCUUCAUUGCUCUGCUAUUGCUAGCUGCAUUUCCCCAUGCGCCUUCUUUAUGUUCCCCUUCCUUCCUUUUCUCUCCUCCUCAAUCCUCAAUCCUCACUGCUUCAAUCAAUCUCCACUAAAUAAACCAUUUUUUUUACGCUCCAAUUCCUUUUCACAGUUUCAUUCACUUUCACCUCUCCUCCAGCCCGCAUCUUCAUACUCCAGUAGCUGGGUGGUGGUUCGGUUAGGUACGGUGCCCUCACCCACAUCCCUCGUCAACGUCGCCAGCACCAGCACCAGCAAAACCAGCAAGAUGAUGAGCUUCAGGAGCACCACCCACGAUGGGUUCGUCGGCCACGCCGCCGUCAAUGGAGCCGGAGCGCCGGUGCCGUGGUGGGCGGGGGCCCCGAUGCUGUGCGGCGAGCCGUUGGGUCUGGGGAGGCCGGUGGUGGCGGCCUUCUCGCCGGAGGACCACUGCCGGGACGGCCGCUUCCAGGUCCUCCAGGGACCGCCGCUGGAUCCUCUCGUGCCGUCGCUCAAGGCUCCUGUCGCACACCAGCAGCAGACUGAGAAGGGGCUCUCUGCUGAGCUCCUCAACCUCUCCGUGGCUCAUCAAGGUAAAGGGAAGAAAGGUUCUGAGCACUCUGCCACUGUUGCUUUGCAAUCACCAUUCGCAAUAUACAAUGGUCGUUUUGAGCUGGGCCUUGGUCAAUCAAUGAUUUCCGCUGAUAACUCUUAUGCUGACCAACACUAUGGCCUGAUUUCUCCUUACCCAAUGGGGGCAACGCCUGGAGGUCGUAUGCUUAUACCACUGAAUAUGCCAACAGAAGCACCAAUUUAUGUGAAUGCUAAGCAAUAUGACGCCAUUAUGCGUCGACGCCGUGCCCGUGCAAAAGCAGAGAGAGAAAAUAGGCUGGUCAAAGCCAGAAAGCCAUAUCUCCAUGAGUCACGCCAUCAGCAUGCACUGCGUCGCCCACGUGGCUCUGGUGGACGUUUCCUGAACACAAAGAAAGAAUCCGACGGGAAGGAUGCUGGUGGAGGUAGCAAGGCAACGUUCAGCAACCCCCUCAUGCGCCAGGUGGCGUCUCCAAGUUCAGAGAUCCAGCACUCAGACCUGGGCAACCCGAGCAGCGUCUCCAGCCUGUCGGGUUCGGAGGUGUCAAGCAUGUACGAUCGCGAAGACAUGGAUCACUACCACAGCUUUGAUCACCUCCGCACGCCCUUCUUCACCCCGCUCACGAGCAUCAUGGACGGCGAUCAUGGGGUCGUCGGUAACCCCUUCAAGUGGGCAGCAGCCUCUGAAGUCUGCUGCGACCUCCUGAAAGCAUGACUAGCGGGGUUGCCGGACAGCCAAAUGCUAGGAGCUGGUGACUGCUGGCAGUUCCCAGCUCCAGGGUCCGGGAUUGCCCCUCCCAUCGUUUGGCUCCCGGUAGGCAAAUCAUUCUUGGCUGAAGGCAUUGUUGAGCGUUCCACUCAUGCCGCCUAGUUCUCCUAGAAACUCUGAAACCUAGUUUCUGGGAUCCUGUGGUGAGUGGAACAUUCCUUUGCCUCAAAAAACAAAACAAAAAAAAAGUUGGUUGUACUAUCGACCAACUUCUAAAUGGUUUCACCUUAUUAGCUUUCAGAAUAAUAAAGCCUGAUACUUCGGACUCGUCUGAAGUUUCAGAGGUACUGGAAUUGUGCUAUGUGUGAGUCUGUUAAAGCGUCAAGAACUACGGAUUUGUUGGUGAUGAAUUGUAGUGUGCUUGAAGCUUAUGUGGACUUGAUUCGUACUUUUGUGGUGUGCUGAAAACUUAAACUCGGUAAUGUAAUGAAACUCGGGCUUGGUUUGUAUUUUGUUGCUGUUGCA